AUGGCUCCCACCACCUCGGACGAGACGGUCAAGUUCCUGGUGGCCUGCAUCCGGCACUCGGCCAGCGGCCGGAUCGACUGGCAGGCGGUGGCGGACGAGUGCGGCGUGCCGACCAAGAACGCGGCCAGCAUGCGAUACACGCGCCUGCUCAAAGCCCACGGCGUGACUCCUGGUGGUGCUGGUGGCAGUGGUGGCAAUGGUGGCAAUGGUGCUGGUAAUGGCACCCCGGCCAACUCGCCCGCCAAGGCCCGUGCCACGCCCAAGAAGAAGGCCGCCGCUGACGGCGAGGCAGGCUCGCCGGCGAAGAAGCGCAAGGUCAAGGGCAAGGACAAGGCUGAGGAUGAGAUGGAGGAUAUCGAGACCGUCAAGAAUGAGGGCGACGGAGAGGAUGCCCAGGUCUAG